GAGAUCGUGCCUGCCAGUGCACCCGUUUGCCUCGGAUAUGGAUCUAUUCGGAUGCUCCUACCUGAGGGUGAACUUCGCGACCGCCUCGGAGUGCGCGACGCCUUCCCGGGCUGGGAGGCUGCGCGCGCGCCUGAUCCAGCUGCUCCGCUCGAAGAGGACGCUGGUGUAUCUGGGGGGGUCAGAGCGCCGCGAGGAGGUCGGAGUCUCCUUCGCGGCCAAAAAGAGCGACCAGCUUCGCCUCAUCGAGGGCGCGCGGAGGAGCAAUCUCCUUUUUGCCUCGCUCCCGGGCGCAGCCCCAGCGAUCGCCGAGGGCUUCGACCGCGUCGAGGUGGAGCUUGGGGCGGGGGUCACCGCGGAGCGCCACGAGCUGCACUUCGCGUUGGCGACCUCCGACAUCAGCGGCGCGCCCCGCCACUUCAUGAUCGACCAAGGGUCGCCCAAUCUCUUCUGCUUGGGGGCCGUCCUGGCCGGCGAGGUGGGCGCGGCAGGGGGCGCGCUGGUUGGGCGCCGACUGACGGCCGACGGCUGCGGGCGCCAGCGAGAAGGCGUCGAGCACCAGGCGGGCGGCCAAACGGCACUGGCGGGCGCGGCGGGGCCUCAGUUCGGCACCUGGCUGCCGCGCCCUUCCUGGGUGAGUUCGGGGGGUCGCGAUCAGGCGCUGCACCUGCUGCGCGAUGCGCAACCGCGACCUGCUGCCCCGCCUGCCUUCAAGGCCAUCUACACGUGCAUCGCCGCCAGCUGCGGGCGGUGCGCCGUCUUGACGGAGAGCGCCCGCGCGGACUUGGUGGCGUUCGAGGGCGUGAUGCCGCUGCUGCGAGGAUCGCGCAUUUGUCGGGCGCUUCGGAGCAGGGGCGCCGCGGUGGGCGCGUCGGUGAUUGAUUGCGUCGAGCUGGAGAAGAUUGGACGGGCAUUGGAGCAGCCCCGCUGCAGGCGCCUGGUUUGCCACUCGGCUAGGGCCCGCUUCUUCGCCGCGAACGGCACCCAGAUGACCGCCGAGGGC